AUGGCGGGGUACUGUGCACUGCUGCAGCAAAAGGAGAAAUGGGAGGAGCAUGAGGGGCGUGGCCUGAAAGAGAAGGAGGAGCUAAACCUGGAGAUCCAGAAGAACCGCCUCCUGCAGCAGGAAAACCUCCAGCUGAAAACAGAUGUGGACAGACUCUCCGAGAGCCAAUCACAGCAGGCGGAGCAGAGCAAGGGGCUCCAGCAGCGACACAACGAACUCAAGAGCUCUUUAGGCUCCGCCCAGCUGGAAGUGAGUCAGUGGAUGGCGCGAUACGAUUCGCUGAUGGAGCAGCACCAGACGCUGGAUCUCACCAUGACCAAACUAGACAACCACUGUGAGCUCCUGAGUCGCCUCAAAGGGAACCUGGAGGAGGAGAACCACCACCUGCUGAGCCAGAUCAACCUGCUGAGUCAGCAGAACCACGCGCUGCUGGAGAGGAGCAUGGAGAGCAAGGAGCUGUACCACCAGGAGCAGAAGCUCUACAUUGAUAAGCUGAACGCUCUCCGUCGUCAGAAGGAGAAGCUGGAGGAGAAGAUCAUGGACCAGUACAAGUUCUACGACCCCACGCCUAAAAAGAGGAGUCAGUGGGCCGGAGCCAAAGCUUUAGUCAAGCUCAUCAAACCCCGAAAGGAGAGCAGCCGGGAGAGGGGGGCCGAGAGGGAGCGGACCAAGAGCGCCCCGGACAUCCCCCUACCAGCCACGCCCCCCCUCCUGCCCCCCGAGACCCCGCCCCCUCCACCCCAGAGGACCCUCAGUGACUCGCAGGACGGCGGCCAUAACAGCCCGGGCCCCCAGAGUCCAGCUGUGACCCCCAUCAGCCGAGCUCCUCCUCCAAAACGCUUCAAAUUUCUCCGCAGUAAAAGUCAAGACAAGAUCCUCCCCUCUUCCUCCUCCUCCCUGUCGCCGACCUCAUCCUCCCCCAUCACCCGCCGCCCCUCCCUCUCUCUCACCAGACGACUGCGAUUUUGGUCCUCCGCCGACCUCACAGCCGACCUCAUCGCUAGCCAGCCAAUCCUAGCCAACGGAGAUUUCUAACAUCCUCAUCAUCAUCCUCAUCCUUUGUGCCCACUGACACCAUCCUCAUCAUCACAGUCAUCAGUGUGACAC